GCGGCGAGGCCGGGCGAGGCGGCAGCGGCGGGCCCAUGCAGGACGCGGAGAACGUGGCGGCGCCCGAGGCGGCCGAGCCCGGGGAGCAGCAGCAGCCGGCCGCAGAGCCGCCGCCGGCGGAGGAGCCGCUGCGGCUCGCGGGGUCCGGCGCGCAGGAGGCGGCGGGCGGCGAGGACGCGGAGGCCGGGUCGGAGCCCGACGUGCUGGCCAAGCCGGCCGAGCCCGCGGCCGACGGGGAGGAGAGGGCCGCCUCGGUCCCCGGCUCGUCCCCGCCGCCGCCGACUGAAGAGCCCCCCGCCCCGGCCGCGGGUGAGGCCCCGGAGCAGCAGGCCGGGGACGCGGCUGCCGAGGCCCGGUCCGAGGGGGCGGGCGGGGAGGACGGCGGCGCAGACGAGCCCUCCUUCAGCGACCCCGAGGACUUCGUAGACGACGUGAGCGAAGAAGAGCUGCUGGGGGACAUUCUCAAGGACCGGCCCCAGGAGGCCGACGGGAUCGACUCGGUGAUUGUGGUGGACAACGUCCCUCAGGUGGGGCCCGACCGCCUGGAGAAGCUCAAAAACGUCAUCCAUAAGAUCUUCUCCAAGUUUGGGAAAAUCACAAAUGAUUUUUACCCGGAGGAGGAUGGGAAGACAAAAGGGUAUACGUUCCUGGAAUAUGCGUCUCCUGCCCAUGCCUUGGACGCCGUGAAGAACGCUGAUGGCUACAAGCUGGACAAGCAGCACACAUUCAGGGUCAACCUCUUCACGGACUUUGACAAGUAUAUGACCAUCAGUGAUGAGUGGGAUAUUCCAGAGAAACAGCCCUUCAAAGACCUGGGAAAUUUACGGUACUGGCUUGAAGAGGCAGAAUGCAGAGAUCAGUACAGCGUCAUUUUUGAGAGUGGAGACCGCACUUCCAUAUUCUGGAACGACGUGAAGGAUCCUGUCUCCAUCGAAGAGAGAGCGAGGUGGACGGAGACGUACGUGCGCUGGUCCCCCAAGGGCACCUACCUGGCCACGUUCCAUCAACGAGGCAUCGCUCUUUGGGGCGGAGAGAAGUUCAAGCAAAUCCAAAGAUUCAGCCACCAGGGGGUUCAGCUCAUUGACUUCUCGCCUUGUGAGAGGUAUCUAGUGACAUUCAGCCCCCUGAUGGACACUCCGGACGACCCUCAAGCCAUCAUCAUCUGGGACAUCCUGACCGGACAGAAGAAGAGGGGUUUCCACUGCGAGAGUUCAGCCCACUGGCCGAUCUUUAAGUGGAGCCACGAUGGUAAAUUCUUCGCCAGAAUGACCCUCGACACUCUUAGCAUUUAUGAAACUCCUUCUAUGGGCCUGUUGGACAAGAAGAGCUUGAAGAUCUCCGGCAUAAAGGACUUUUCCUGGUCUCCUGGGGGUAACAUCAUAGCCUUUUGGGUGCCUGAGGACAAAGAUAUCCCAGCCAGGGUCACCCUGAUGCAGCUGCCCACCAGACAAGAGAUCAGGGUUCGGAAUUUGUUCAACGUGGUGGACUGCAAGCUGCAUUGGCAGAAAAAUGGGGAUUAUUUGUGUGUCAAAGUGGAUAGGACCCCCAAAGGGACCCAGGGUGUUGUCACAAAUUUUGAAAUCUUCCGAAUGAGGGAAAAACAGGUGCCUGUCGACGUGGUGGAAAUGAAAGAAACCAUCAUAGCCUUUGCCUGGGAGCCAAACGGGAGUAAGUUUGCUGUGUUGCACGGGGAAGCUCCGCGGAUAUCCGUUUCCUUCUACCACGUGAAGAACAACGGGAAGAUCGAGCUCAUCAAAAUGUUUGACAAGCAGCAGGCAAAUACCAUCUUCUGGAGCCCCCAGGGACAGUUCGUGGUGUUGGCUGGCCUGAGGAGCAUGAAUGGUGCCUUGGCUUUCGUUGACACGUCGGACUGUACAGUCAUGAACAUCGCAGAGCACUACAUGGCCUCCGACGUGGAGUGGGACCCCACUGGGCGCUAUGUUGUCACCUCUGUGUCCUGGUGGAGCCAUAAGGUGGACAACGCUUACUGGCUGUGGACAUUCCAAGGACGCCUUCUGCAGAAGAACAACAAGGACCGCUUUUGCCAGCUGCUGUGGAGACCGCGGCCCCCCACGCUCCUGAGCCAGGAUCAGAUAAAGCAAAUUAAAAAGGAUCUGAAGAAAUACUCAAAGAUCUUUGAACAGAAGGAUCGUCUGAGCCAGUCCAAAGCCUCAAAGGAACUGGUGGAGAGAAGACGCACCAUGAUGGAAGACUUCCGAAAAUACCGGAAAAUGGCCCAAGAACUUUAUAUGGAGCAGAAGAGUGAACGUCUGGAAUUGCGAGGAGGUGUGGACACAGACGAGCUGGACAGCAAUGUGGAGGACUGGGAGGAGGAGACCAUCGAGUUCUUUGUUACUGAGGAGAUCAUUCCCUUGGGAAGUCAGGAGUGACCCGAGCACUGUGCAUCCCGCGUCACGUGCUGGAACCAGGUUGUGCCGGCUUCUCAACAGGCUGAGCGUGGAAAUAAAAGCAAACCUGUACGAAAACGCUGUCUUUUCUCCUGUUUUUACACGUAGAUAGCGGCCUUGAAUCUGGUGCCUGUCCCCCUGCCCCCGGCUGUGGUGGCAGUCUGGGCUCAGCAUGCCCACUGCUGCCGGCCCCCGAGGCUGACGUGGCGAGGAGGGAGGCCUCCGUCCUCCUGUGGCUGUGGGUUUCCAGCUGAGCUCUGUAAAGUACAGCAGCGGCCCCAUCCCUGCAGGAAACAGGCUUAUCAGCUGUUGUUUUCUGUGCUCAUUUCAGCCGGUGAGAAAAACCCCUCUAGACUUUUCCUUGGAGUCAUGCACGUCUGAAGUUGUCUGUGAGAGUUGUCACUUCAGCCACUGUCGUGUGGUGCUCUGAAUAUCUAACUUCACGUUCCUCCUGGAACAGGGGCAGACGAGGACGUGUAACCUUGGCCCUUGUUUAUUUGCAACAUCUGCUGUGGUCGGUGCCUUUCGGCUGCCGUGGUUGCACUUCUGUCUGUCUGUCCGGGAGCCCGAUGCUUGACAUGGGCAGCAGUGAAGCAUGGGACGGCAUGCUGCAGAUGCCCAACCGGGGCUCGCAUGGACCUGACAGGUUCUGGGAUUGGAGGCUAAGCUGUCUUCUGCAGGGCCCGGGCAGUCCCUGACCCAUGGGGGUUGUGCUGGAGGAGCAGGUGGGCGGCCUGUCGCGACCCCGGGCCUGGCUGCGAGGCACAGUUGGUGUUCCAUUCCCGGUUCUAGCCGUUGCCAUCCUGGCUCCCCGUCAACACGCGGGUGCCCCUUGUUCACGCUCACGUCCUUUAAACCUCAGCGUGCCGAGUCCUGGGUUUCACGUUUGAUGGCGGUGAGAAAAGGUCCAGGCUUUGGUCGUUUUCCCAGAUUUUUAACAGAGCUUUCAAAAAAUUUACUUUUGAUU